AUUUCCUGGUCCAGAUCUUUGGGUGUGGAUCUCUCAAUCCUUCCACGAUUUCGAUGGGUCCAGUUUAUAUUGAAUACUGAACCAUUUCGAGGAUUGCUUGCCGGGCACUUUUUGCGAAGGAUUUUCAAUACAUACCAUGGUCAGCUUCCGUCCCCUGAAGAUCCAGUUCUUCGAUCAGUGGAGUGGAUAGUCUGUGUCUGGCAGAGACUCAAUGACAUCCUCAAUAAACUUGGUCUCCUGGAUGUUGUGCUGGGACCAUGCAUGUUCUUCAAGUGUCCGUUAGAGAAGCAAGAUCACGAACUUAUCCUUGAGUAA